AUGGGCUCAAGUUUACCUUAUGAAGUAUUCGCAAUAAUAUUAGAGCACUGUGAUUUGUUAACCUUGUCGCGUAUUUCAAGAUGUUGUCAUCUUUACAAUUAUUAUGUCAAAAAAUUCUGUAACAUUUAUGAAGAAAGAACUCAGGAAAUUUGGCGUCUCGAACGCUUUUGGGAACAACUGUCACAACACUUCGACGAAAUACAGAUACGAGAAUAUAGCACCAGAGAUCUUUUGGAAUCGAACCAGAAGAUUAAUCUGGGACUGAAGCAAUUAUUUCCAAAAGCAAGACAGAGCAUUAUAUUAAUUCGAUAUGAAGAUUUUUCGCAAAUAACUGAGGACAUUCAACGACUUAUCGCCAAACUGAUUAUAAACUUCAGAGCACGUAAAGUGCUUUUUAUCUUUCGGUCAAAAUUUGAUUUCAACAAUGAUCGUAGAGUAUCUGUAAAUAUGGUACAAAUUGAAGCAUGCAAGCCGUCAUUGUUGUCUGAGUUUACUGAACACUUACAAAUUACUUGGAAAGAGUACGAAAGCGUUAAGAGGAAAUCUACGGACACGCAAUUGCAGUUUUUAAAAUUCUUGAUGCUAGAUUUAGACGGCUUAGAAAGUAACAUCAGUAUCAAGAUUGACCUGAAACCAUCCAGUGCAUUCGAUUUAGUACGUCUGCUUAUUCAGUCUUGGCUAGAAGCUCGCUGUCCUUGCAAACAAGAAUUUUUGUAUCUGUCUUUUGUUGACCGGGAAAUUGAAGAGUUUCCAGACAAAGCGGUUGACAGAUGGAUUCAAGAGCUGCAAGAAAAUGGCAGUCUAAAACAUUAUAAGACUGGCCAUGGAAUUCACGAUUCUAAGACAUUCUGGAUUUGCUGCGUGAGGCAUGAUUUUCACAGUAUUCCACUAGUUGCCUAUAUUCAUAAGUUUUAUUAUGGAAUACGUCUGUUAUUUGAUUAUUAUGAUAAGCCAACAUAUCGGCAGAUGCUCGAGUCCAACAAAUCAUCAGCUGAUCAGAACAAAAUUUAUUCUGCUAUUUUUUCACAACAACAGAUAACAAGUGCUCUGUCUCCUUCAUGCAACGACAGUAAAGAUUCUGUAUUACCUAUUUUAACAUUUGAUGAACUUUGGGUUGCGAUACAGCUUUGGUGCGAAGGGAAGAGUCAUAUGUUUGUAUGUGACAACGAAUAUCGAUUUCAGUUGACUGGAAGCAAAGAUAGCACAAUUGACUGUGAUCUGACUCUUUAUAACAUCUUGUGCCUUAAAUUAGCUGAAGAAACCCAACUGACCUAUUGUACUAGUCGUCCUACAACGUUUGUGAUCAACCAGAAUGGAACAGAUUUUGAACUAUCUUUAGUUUUACGUGUCGAAGACGGAACGGCCUCAAUAACUGUUGGCCAACACUUUCUUAAACGUCAUAAAUUUUACGGGUUUUUACCAAAACCACUGUUUCUAAAACAUCUCUUUUACGAUCACUGUCCAGUAAGAACAACAACUUUUGCUAUUUAG